AUGAAUUUAAAUUCAGUUAAACAUGUUUGUAUUUGUGGACAACAAGCAAAUUAUAAUUGUGUUAAUUAUUUUUCAAAUGCUAUUGAAUUAACUAUUAGACAUUAUUUCAAAAAAUCAGAUAAUUCGAUUUCAACAACUCUUAAUCGUAUGAUUCCUUUAACACAACUUACUAAAUUAGUUAUUGAAUCUUAUGGAUUUCCUUUGAAAGAAAUAGUGAAAUUAUUAUGUUUUACAUCUAAUUUAUAUAUAUUAAAAUUGAAUUUUUUAUCUCUGAAUGCAAAUAAUUCAAAAUUUAUCGAACAAAAUGAAUCUUUUCAAUAUGUAUCAAAUCAAAAUAAAAUAAAAAAUCUUCAUCUUCGUGAUUGUCGUGCAUUGAAUAAAAUUCAAUUAAUUGUUAAAUUAUUUCCACAAUUAGAAUAUCUUAAAGCUAGAAUGUAUAGAAAACAAAUAGGAGAAAUAAUUCAAUUUUUAUUAUCAAAACCUAAUAAUAAAAUAGAACAUUUAUUUUUUUUUUAA